AUGCUGGCUCUCACUCUCGGCACCGACGACUUGACCGUCGCCCCCGCCGCACCGCAAGGCUGGACCUUCGCCGCGGGAGAUCGGCUUAUCGGUACGGUCGUGCGUCGGGCACCCAUUGUCUCGCCAGAGGCGAUCGUCACCCUGGCCCUUCGCGGGGGGUUGAAGAUUAUGCUGGCCAACCAGUCCUCAACGCGACUGGUCUCGAGCGAUGGACCACGACCAGCCGGCUUUUGCGCCGUUAAUCGGCAAUUGCUGAUUCCCAAGCCUAUCGAGCUGUUCCAGGGAUCGCUGGAUCUGGCCGAGCCGAGCGAACCUCUGUCUUGGCCCUUUGAGAUCGAGAUCCCCUCCAUGCCGGACGAACCAACCCAUAGCAAAGAAAUGGCAUUGUCACCCUACCACGAAGCGCUGAUACGAGGACCUCUGCCAGCAAGCUUUAUUACGACGGGAUACGGGGCAUUCGCAUCUUGCUGGAUCGAAUAUUACCUCGAGGCAACGCUUCAUUACACAUACGGCGGCAAGCGGGAAUCAUGCACAUCGACGCACACAAUCAAAAUACGACCACCAGCAUUUCGCAAAUUCUCCAGUUUCGGCACCCAAGUAUCGAACAUCGAGUCAAGCGUGCGCAGCUUCCAUUUACUUCCCGGCAAGGAGAACAGCGGAUUAUCUCUUUUACAAAAAAAACGAGCGUUCUUUGGAUCCUCGAAAGUCCCCCAAUUCGAUUAUAAACUGGAGAUCACAGCCCCUGAACGGAUUCAACUGAACAAUACAACCCCCAUCCCGAUAAAGUUAAAAUGCUUUCGACUGGAGGACGCGGAUACAACCGACCAAAAGGACUUUACCCCGAAAAUCUGGCUCACUGCAGCCAAAAUGUCCAUUCGAUCCAAGACCGAUGUCUACCGAGACGACAGCCCGCCCGACCUACCUCACGGCUCAAGAGAAAGCAGCCACGACCUGGGCCUAGAUUGGGCGAUGGAAAGCAAUGAUCCCCAGGGGUUUAAACUGGAAAUACCGAUGGGAGAAAAGAGCGAGCCGCUGGAUAUUGGCGAAACACUACAACUAUCCUUACACGAAAAUGGCUUGAAAGCAGGCACGAAACAUCUCAAGCCGACACUGUUGAUUUCGCCAGACUUCGACGCGAUUUAUAUCAAGCACUCCAACAGGCUGGAAAUGGAGUUUUUAGUAACUGUGGCAGGACUGACGGAGCGCAUGAUCUGGUGGGGAGAUGUGACCCUGCUAUAA